CCGCACUCGAUGGAGUCCCAUGAUUUAGGCGACGAUUUAGGCCGUGACGGCACGAAAAUCCAACAAAAUAUCGAGGCAUUGAUACCACAAGGUACGACGGUCGAAGAGGAUGAGAAUGGAAAUAAGGAGUAUGGCGGGGAAGCGCUAUCAGCGUUGAUUGCCUCUAUGAAAGUCGCGCUAAAAAUUGAUGAAACUUGGGAAGGACGUUUGAGAUACUGGUCGAAAAACACGAAAAUAAUCAAUCCUCGGAAACAAGGCUAUCUUAUACCUUUCUUUGGCGGAAUUCAGCUGAACCCUGGGGGUCUUUUGAAAAGCGGGAAAUUCAUACAAGUCAAUAAUGAGCCGAUUUUAGGUGCUGGCGCAACUUCUUUGUUUAUUGUGCCUCGCUGA